UUCAAAAAUUUCAAACGACUCAAUAAUUUUCAACUAUAAUCCAGACGAGUACAUAGUUAACUUAAACUUAUAACAUAAACUUAAUUUUGAAAUGGAAGAUUCUGGUGUAUUCAAUCUUAACAGGAAUUCAGAAACUGAUACGCCAAUAGUGACACCAGUGAAACCUAGAUUGGGUAAAUUCUUUGAUAUUUACUCGCCCGAACAUCUUAAUUUAACACCGAAAAUAACGAAACGUUUCCAUUUCAACGGAGUAAGUAAUGAAAUCGAAAAUUUUGUUACGCCUGAGAAAGCUUCCAAAUAUGAGAAUAUAUGGAGGAAGGUCAAUACUCAGCGUAAAUUACAUGAUGUUUGCAAUAAUUCAUUUGAAGGGAAUCAAAGCUUUCCUCGUAUAAAACGCAAAAUACGUCCAAUCAGAAUGGAUUCAGAGACACCAACUAAACUCAAACAGGCAACAGAUGUAGUAAGAGUUGAUGGUCCAAAUGGUCUCCGCUUCAACACUUCGCUGGCAGUGGGUGAUGUUCCUGGGUCAUCGGCACAAUCUCAGACAGAACGCUUACAGCAAGCUAUCAACCCAAGCAAGGCUGUAUUCACUAUAGAGCCCAGUUCAUUUAAGAUUCUAAUUGUAAACAACAAAGCCUGUUCUCUUCUUGGUUAUUCUUCGGGGGAACUCUGUGGUCUGAGAUUUUCAGACCUCAUUCAUAACAGAAGCAGCAAGACAUUCAGACUAAAUGAACAAGAAGAAGGUGAUACUUCUGAGGAUGGUACUGUCGUUUUACUUAGUGGAAAGGUGGUAGAAUUACUGACUAAAGAUGGUACAUCAGUUCAAGUGUCGCUCUGGAUAAGGCAGUUAGACAAUGAUGGGCCUUGCUUAGUUAUUGCAGAACCUGUCAGCUGUAAAAAUGUUGUGUUAACAGUGGAUGCGGAGACAGGUAUGAUAGUGUCGUGCGAGGGGGGCGGCGGCGGCGACGCGGCGCUGCUGUUCCAGGCAGACUCCGCAGACAAGCUGGUGGGGCUGCCUGUCGCCGCGCUCAUACCCUCCAUACAUUUGCCACCCUAUGACACCCCUAUAUCUAACAACAUCUCCAAACAAAAGGCUACAGGCAGGACAUUAGAUGGUGGCUCUUUCCCAUUAUGCUUGUGGAUAUCAAAAACUACAAGUCUGGAAUGUUCUCCGUGGACUGGAAUUAAGACUAACCGAGAAAGACCUGUGUACAUUGUCAAUGUUAGGGUAACAUUUAACGUAAGUGGUCUGCUGGUGGUGGACGAGGCAGGUAUAAUAACGGCGUGCAACCAGCACUUCGCCAUGCUGACGUUCGGCAAGUCGCAGGCCGAGGUGAUCGGACACCACAUCACCGACGUCAUACCCAACUUCUGCCGCGAGGCUGACAUGCUCAAAGCGGGGGACAGGAACAGAAACAUGACAUUAUCGCCUGUUAAUAAUGGUGACGAUGCGUCAGCUUCGGACACAGAUGAAGAUUCUUGCGGGGCCUUCAAUGGUAGUCAGAAAUCAGCUUGCAUGUCUCUCAAUGUCCAUCAAUCCAUACAAUCUAUAUCUACAACCAGAGAGAAAUCUUCCAGCGCGUUAUGUCUUGACAAAUCGUGCAGCAUGAUCACUCAUACACCCACACCCACACAAGAUAUGGUCUCCAGCAUCAGUACAACUGAACAGAGGAAUGACACAUCAGCCUUACCGGACAUUACCUCAGGCAUGUCAGGAAUAUCCAUCGAUGAAGAAAAUUAUUGCCACAGUAGUAUCUCAAAAUCCCGAUCGGAGAACAUUCUACGGUCAGAACAGAGUAGCACCCAAAGUAAACAAGCACCUAAAGGUUCAGAGAAGUCAGAAUCUAUUUAUUACACAUCGCAGCAUUCUCAAGAAGUUACACCAACAGGAAAUACACCAAGAGUUCGUUUAAAUGAUCCUUCUUUACGUCUCUCUUUCGAUUCUGGUAAAUGCAAGUCUGUGAAAGUGAACCAAAAGGAGGACAAGAGUAGUAUAUCUGUAGAUUUUUGUGAUUCAAAUGAAACAAGUGCUGAUUUCCUGACUCCAAUCAAUGAGAUGCCUCCUCCGGGAUGUGAGAUAGAGGAUCUACCUAAACAUAAUGGUAACGACAGUGUGGACAGUCUCAGUAAUGACAUCGAUUUGGAGACACAAACUGAAUCCGCGCCAAGGAAGAAGUUUGAAGAUGAAACUCCAGAGACUCCGUGCGUGGCAAAGCGGCUGCUGCGCGGGCAGGUGACGACCUCCACGCCGCAGCAGGCGCGCGCGCACGCGGACUGCGGCGACGGCGCCUACCGCGGCCUCGUGCUGCACAAGGACGGCACUGAACUUAACGUGGUGUACACGGUGUCGACGAUGCAGCUGUGCGGCGUGGGUGCGGGGGGCGCGGGGGGCGGGGGCAGCCGCGUGCGCUGCGUGUGGCUGGGCGUGCGGCGCGAGGACGCGCGCCACGCCACGCUCGCCUCCAGCCUCGCCUCCACUGCGGAUAACUCACUUGUCAUGGGCAACAAGUCUGUGAGCAGCCGGCCGCAGUCCAUGUCGCUGAUGAGCCAGUGCGGCGAGGAGCAGGUCGCCGGCGAGUACAGCAAGCACUACGUCACACUCAAACAGAUUGGCAAAGGAGCAUACGGGUGUGUGAAGAUGGCGUACCGGCGGUCGGACCGGCUGCUGACGGUGGCCAAGUUCAUCCUGAAGGAGAAGGUGGGCGCGCACUUCUGGGUGGACGCGCCCGACGGCCGCAGGGUGCCGCUCGAGCUCAGCCUGCUCACCACGCUCAAACAUCACAAUAUUGUGAGCAUCGUGGACGUGUUCGAGAACGACAAGUACUUCCAGAUGGUGAUGGAGAAGCACGGCGCCGGCAUGGACCUCUUCGAGUUCAUCGAGCGCCGGCCGCGGCUGGACGAGCCGCUCAUCAGCUACAUCUUCAGACAGAUAGGCCAAGCUGUGGAAUAUCUGCACUCUUUAAAUAUCCUGCACCGCGACAUCAAGGACGAGAACGUGAUUAUCGACAACAAGUUCCACGUGAAGCUCAUAGACUUCGGGUCCGCCACCUUCAUGAGCCCCGACACGCUCUUCUCCACCUUCUACGGCACCACCGAGUACUGCAGCCCCGAAGUACUCACCGGCAACAAAUAUGCAGGCCCGGAGCUGGAGAUGUGGUCGAUGGGUAUAACGCUGUACGUGCUGACGUUCUUCGUGAACCCCUUCUCCGACAUCGAGGACACGGUGCACGGCGCGCUCGCCUUCCCGCACGCCGUCUCUGAAGAGAUGGAGCACUUGCUGCGCUGGAUGCUGUGCAAGGAGCCGGCGCAGCGCUGCAGCGUGCCGCAGCUGAUGGCGCACCCCUGGACCAAGCAGCCCCUCAACAUCAACAACUACGUAUUCCAAGAUGUCGUCGACUGUGAUCGUCACGAAGCGAAUCCAGAAAUGUACUUCAGCGGUAGUCUUGGCUCGCCUAAAAGCAGUUCUCCUGUUUCCCUUGCUGAUCCUCACAUCAAAGAACGUUCUAACCCAUCAGAGAUGGCGGUGAGGUCGGAGGUGCGGCGCGUGUCGCGGGAGGAGCGCAAGCGCGGCUCGCUGGCGCACGCGCAGCACGCGCUCUCCGCCGCAGACCGCGACCAGCACUCCGACAACUACAGCCUGCGCUCCUCCGCCGAUAUAUUAGAUAUAUCUUCGAAGCCGGUGUCGGACGCGGCACUGACGGACAUCAGCUCUGACGCGACCGGCCACGCCGCGUGCGACAUCGACUGCGACUGCGACCACUAUGACUGCGACAGCUGGGACGAGUGCGAGCAGGACAGCUUCUCUUAGAAGUAUAACGAGUGAAAGAGACAACAUGUACGAGCAGGAUAUCCUCAAUUCAAUGUAUAACGAAUGAAAGAGACAACAUUAUGUGAGCAGGAUAGCUUCUGUUAAACGUAUCGAAUGAAAGAGACAACAUUAUGUAUGAACAGGAUAGCUUGUGUGUUAGUAACUUUGUGACUAGAGCCAAAGAGAUGUUAUUUGUUGUCUUUGAUUGUUUCUGGCAGUGAGAACGAAUAUUAAACCAAAACGGAAAAAUUAAAAUAUAAGUAUUGGACGAUAAUGUCGGAUUUGUAGAGACUGAUUGGACUUAUGAAUUGUUAGUAUUAUUUAUUGUCCCUCGGACUUAUGUAAUUAGCUGAUACGUUGUAAAUAAUUUUUAUGAAUAUCUAUGUGCUUAUGUAUUAUCAAUAUCGUUUAUGCUAUAUAUUUAUUUCUGUAGAUUUAAUUAUUUCUGUAGAGUUGUGUAUAAGCAGAUCUAAAUUUUUCAUUAUUAAAUAAUGUAUGCGAAAUCAGUAUUAUGUUGAAUGUUAUGAGGCUAAUCAUUAUUUUUAUUGUUUUAAUUUAUUAUUACUAUAAAAUCACAAUUUAUUCUGGCUUGUUU